CUAUCUAGUUUCAACUUCUUUCCUUUUCUGCUGACAAAAACACCUGAUCACACAGUAUGUGUCUGCGCAUGCUCAGUACUACAAGACUUCUUAAAACAUCACACACCUUUGUUAGGUUAAGGCAACUUUUUCAACAGAUCCAGUUUAAAGUCAAUGCAAGUACCCAGGACGUUUUCUUAGGGGGUGUGUCGUGUAGUCUGCAAGGCUGCAGAUUGUUGUACGCAUGCGCAGGGGGACUUGUAAGCUUCCGUUUGGACUUAGUUAUUACUUAAGAGAUGGCGGAGAUUCACAAACGUCGACAUGAGCCCAGAGACAGAAACUUGUCACCUGAAGGAGCAUCCUCCAAACCCGACACAGCCGCACCCGGUACCAGCUCCACGGUGUUCCUGAAGCUGCUGGCUGCGGGGCUUUACGGAGUCAGCUCGUUUCUCAUCGUUGUUGUCAACAAAAGCGUCCUGACCAGCUACAGAUUUCCAUCGUCAAUAUGUGUCGGUAUCGGCCAAAUGCUGGCUACGAUCAUCGUUCUGAGGACUGGGAAGAUGCUGGGUGUGAUCUCGUUUCCAGAUAUGGAUUUGAGUAUACCACGUAAGAUGUUUCCACUGCCUCUGCUGUAUGCAGGGAAUCAAAUAUCAGGGCUGUUUGGGACACAACGACUCAAUUUGCCCAUGUUUACUGUUUUGAGGAGGUUCAGUAUUUUUCUCACCAUGGUGUUUGAGGGACUCUUGCUGAAAAAGACUUUCUCUACGUCGGUUAAAAUGACAGUGUUUACCAUGAUCUUUGGUGCUUUUAUUGCUGCUAGCGCUGAUUUAGCCUUUGACCUUGAAGGAUAUGCAUUUAUAAUGCUGAAUAAUGUUCUGACAGCAGCCAGUGGGGCGUACGUGAAGCAGAAACUUGAUUCUAAGGAGCUGGGCAAAUAUGGCCUCCUCUACUACAAUGCUUUGAUCAUGAUUUUCCCCACUAUGGCAUAUGCUUACCACUCCGGUGACUUGCAAAUGGCGUUGGAGUAUAAUGGAUGGUCUGAUCAGCUGUUUGUUGUCCAGUUUGUGCUGUCCUGUGUCAUGGGCUUCAUUUUAAUGUACUCCAUCAUGCUGUGCACGCAGCACAACUCAGCACUCACCACCUCCAUCGUGGGCUGUAUUAAGAAUAUCCUUGUGACCUACCUCGGGAUGGUGUUUGGUGGAGACUACAUAUUCAGCUGGACUAACUUCUUAGGUCUAAACAUCAGCAUUGCUGGGAGUCUGGUGUACUCGUACAUCACCUUCACUCAGGACCAAACAAAAAAGGCAUGAAACAACCGACAGUCCCGUCCCGACCCGACAGAAGAGCUACGUUUCGUCCACAACACAUUAUGUCGUCUGUGUACAUUUUUUUGUAAAAUAAUGCUGUUAAUGUUUUACAAACACAUGCUGCAUUUAUGGAAAGCUAUUUUCUGAGACACUAUUAUCAACUUUUAUAUCUGUAAUUAAGACAAACUGUAAAGUUUCACAGUUAUAUUCUAUGUUAAAAUGCAAAAAAGUUUACACACAAAUUUUUAUCUUUUUUUUUUUUA